AUGAAUUCAACAAAUCCAGCAACAGUUUUAGGUUUUGGUACGUGGAAGCAGAUUGUAGAUAAAUUCUUAUACUGUGCUAGAUAUUCAAAGCAAACAGGAGGUUCGAAGAAAAUUAAAGAAGCAAACCUUCCACCGCACACUCAUACAGGAACUACAAACACAACAGGUAAUCAUUCACAUUCAAUAACAAAAAGAGGUUAUAUAAAUCUUGCAGCGGGUUCGAAUAGACAGGGAAUGAAUAGAUCUGAUAUUUCAACUGACCCAGUAGAUUCAAGCACAGGUAUUUUCUGUGGAACCGCAGGAAAUCAUUCACACACUUUCACAACAAAUCCAACAGGCUCGGGUAAAGAUUACAUGCCACCAUUUGUGACUGUAUUCGCAUGGUACCGCGUUCAUUGA